UACGGUAUCUCUCCCUCUGCUUUAAAUGCUGAGCUGAGACUGAUAUUCUCAGCUUCUACACAAAUUCUUAUUCCCAAUGGGAGCUGUUUUUGCAAUUCCAAAACUGCUUCUUGCACUUGUCGUCUUCUACACUACAAUGUUAUCAUUUGCAACCAUUGGAUUGGCAGCCACCGCUAAACUUCACAGUGACGAAGUGGAGAUACUGAAGAAGAUAGGGAAGAAACUGGGGAAGAAAGAUUGGGAUUUUGGGAUAGAUCCCUGCAGUGGAGAAGGGAAUUGGCAGAGAUUGGGUGAAAGAAAAGGCUUUGAAAGCAACGUGACGUGCGACUGUACCUUCAACGGCAAUUCCUCUUGCCAUGUCGUAAAGAUAGAUAUAUGCAGAGCUAUGAAGGCGCAAAAUCUAUCAAGUACUCUACCACCAGAGUUUUCCAAGCUUCCCUACCUCAAACAAUUAGAUCUCAGUCGAAACUACCUCACUGGUUCAAUACCUCCCCAAUGGGCUACCAUGCACUUGGUCGAGCUCUCUCUAAUGGGGAACAGCUUGUCAGGUCCCUUCCCAACAGUUCUCACCUGGAUCACCACCCUCAAAAACUUGAGCAUUGAGGUAAACAGAUUCUCAGGACCCAUUCCACCCGAAAUUGGAAAGUUGAUCAAUUUACAAAAACUUAUCCUGUCCUCAAAUGCUUUUACAGGAGAACUGCCAAUUGAGCUUGCCAAGUUAACCAACUUGACUGAUAUGAGGGUAAGCGACAAUAAUUUCUCUGGAAAGAUACCUGAUUUCAUUGGUAAUUGGACACAGAUUAAGAAACUGCAUAUGGGGGGUUGCUUUCUCGAGGGGCCAAUACCUUCAAGCAUUUCUGCCUUAAGAAGCUUAAGUGAUCUGAGGAUAACUGACUUAAAAGGUCAACGAUCUACUUUCCCACCAUUGAGUAAUAUGGAAUCCAUGAAGACGCUGAUACUGAGGAAGUGCCAAAUUUAUGGAGAGAUCCCUGGAUAUAUUGGAUAUAUGGAAAAACUUAAAAUUUUAGACCUCAGCUUUAACGACUUAACUGGUGAAAUUCCAAUGACCUUUGUCCAACUUGCUGAUGUAGAUCUCAUCUAUUUGACAGGAAACAGGCUCACUGGAAGCAUACCCGGAUGGCUCCUAGGAAGAAACAAGAAUGCGGAUGUCUCUUACAAUAACUUCACUUGGGAGAGCUCGAGUCCUGCAGAAUGUCCACGUGGGAGUGUAAACUUAGUGGAGAGCUACUCGGCAGAAGAUAAAUUAAGUAGAAUUCAUCCAUGCCUAAAAAGGAAUUUCCCAUGUCCAGCUGCGAAUAAUGAGCGUCAUUACUUGUUGCACAUUAAUUGCGGUGGUAAGGAAGCCAGUGUCAAUGGCACCAAAUAUGAAGCAGAUAGAGAACAAAGAGGUGCUUCGAUGUUUUACUUGGGUCAGAACUGGGCUUUCAGCAGCACCGGUAACUUCAUGGACAAUGAUGUAGAAGCAGAUAUCUACAUUGAAACCAACACCUCUGCAUUUUCCAAUAUAUCUGUUCCUGAUUCAGAACUCUACACAACAGCACGUGCUUCUCCCCUCUCUCUGACAUACUACGGACUCUGUCUCAUGAAUGGGAACUACACUGUUAAACUUCACUUUGCAGAGAUUAUUUUCACAAAUGAUAGAUCAUUUAAUAGCCUUGGGAAACGCAUAUUUAAUGUCUACAUGCAGGACAAGUUGGUAUUGGAAAAUUUCAAUAUAGAAGAUGAGGCAGGUGGAGCUGGUAAGCCACUUAUAAAGUCAUUUACUGCGGCUGUCACGAGCGGUACAUUAAAGAUACACUUUUACUGGGCUGGAAAAGGGACAACAGGCAUCCCUGAUAGAGGAGAGUAUGGUCCUCUCAUAUCAGCUAUAUCAGUAGAUCCUAAUUUUGAACCUCCAUCAGAUGGUGACAACAAAGAUCAUUUGAUAAUAGUGGUUGUGGCUGCAGUAGUACUUCUCGGUCUUCUCGCCCUAUGUGUAAUGUGGAGGAAAGGCUGGAUGGGAGACAAUGGCUCUGCAAACAAAGGUAUGAAACAUUUUUUCUAUCCUUAGUGAGAUCUUUGUUUAUUAGCAUCUCUAAAUCAAAAUUGCACCCCACGUA